AUGUCUCAAACGAAACCGUUGAAAAAUGGAGACGAGAAAAGAAUACCCUCUGUUUUUAAAGUUGGGAAUAAGUGCAUAAAAUGGCAAUCAAUUAUUCCUGGACUUAAAAAAACAUCCAAACUGUGUGUUCGUCAUUUUGACGAAUCCGAUAUUGUCAAAGGCGUUACAGUUGGGCAUGACUUUUACUCUGCAAAGAGAUGGAGAUUCUCUUUUAGUGCCCAACCAAAACAUUAUUUAGAUGGAUGUUUUGCCUCUGCUUUGAAACAAAACAAACAACGCAUUCCACUUAAGCAGUUGUUUCAAAACGAAAACAGAAGUUUUCAUGGCCAGAAGACUAAUGUAUUGUCAACACAUUCUGUGCAAGAUUGUUCCAAUUCAAGUGCAGCUGCUACCAGUAUUGACUCUUUCGUAAACUCUCCAUCAUCACAAGAUUCUGUGCAAGACUGCUUCAACAUCAGUGCAGCUGACACCAGUAUAGACUCUUUCGUAAACUCUGCAUCACCAUAUUCACUCUGCAUAUGUGGUUACCUUAUGAAAACACGGGAUUCAGUGUGGAAGGAUUGCGAUGCUUGCAAAAACAGUCUGAUCACGAAGUAUGAGGAUUUGUCUCUAGAUUUCGUUUCAGCGGAAUACACUGCUUCUUGUAAUUACGGCGGUUUAAUAUUCGUAACCGUGAAUUUUUUCAAAAUUAUUAGACUCGUAGAAAGUGUAAUAUUUAAUUUCUUCGAAGAAAAAGAACACAUUUACGUAACUAAUUGUUUUGAAAAAGUUAUGACCCAGUUAUGCGAGUUAAAAAUUCCCAAUCCUUGCUGCAAAUUGCACGAGGAAUCAUUGCCUUAUUUAAUAAUUGAAUACGUACAAAUUCGGUUCCACACUGAGUCAAAACGUUUUCGAAAUUUGUACCUUUCAAAGACCCGCACUGACAUGAACUUUAAUAAAAAAAUUUAUCGCACUGCUAGUUAAGACCAAAGAAGAACUAAUGCGCAA